AUGCCUCUCGUCAAGCGGUGGCACGUCCCGCGCGGGCUGAGGCCGACGCUGACCGGCCGCAAGGUGCGUACGACGCUGAUGAGCCGCGUCGAGCGCCAGCAGCGCGGCAACGUCGCGCCUCGGCCGCUCUGGUUUGACGCGGCGCUCGCGCACCCGCCUCCGCCAAAGUUCCAGCUGGACCGGCCUCCCGACCUGGCCUUCCCGGAGGACGAGCUGCGUCGCGAGUGGCUGCGCCGCAAUCCGGCGGCGACGAUGGUGCCCAAGGCCCUCUUCCUCGAGGAGGCAUCCGUCCCGGACGAGCUGCGCCGCCACCCGGCCGACGCGUUUGUCGAGCGGCAGAUGGAGCUGAUCGAGGAGGGGACGGCGCCCGAGGAGGCGUACCGGAUCGUGGCGGCGGAGCAGGAGCGCGAGGGCGACGUGCGCGCCCUCGAGGAGCGCACCGCCCGCGGAGACCGUCUCCGCGCGAUCCGCUGA